ACUCCCAAUUCAUGGGAAAAUCCGAUUUUUCAAUUCACAUUCAAAUUUGUAUUUCAAUUUCAUCAGUCGCCAUGUUUCUUCUCAAGACAUGGACAUCAGUAGCAUUUGGGGUAUAUGGUUACCAGAAUUUCACCAAAACGGGUUUUUUUAAAGCAUUGGCUAUGCAAGCACGAAUAGAAGGGAAGAACUGUGUUGUGACAUGGGCGAAUUCUGGCAUUGGCUAUGCAACUGCAGAGGGCCUAGCUGCACGUGGAGCAACGGUGUAUAUAGUGUGCCGGAGCAAGGUGAGGGGCGAGGGACGCUCAAAGAUCCAGUCUGCAACAGGCAAUCAGAAUGUCCAUUUGGAGAUUUGUGAUGUUUCUUGUAUUGGCGAUGUGAAAACUUUGGCUUCGCGAUUUUCAGUGAAGGAUGAUCCUGUGCAUAUUCUGGCAUGGACAUUAGUAGCAUUUGGGGUGUAUGGAUACCAGAAAUUUACCAAAAAAGUUUUUUUGGAGCAUGCAAAGAAUCUCAGAUCAGAAGACGAGCAAGGACGAAUAGAAGGGAAGAAGUGCGUUGUGACAGGGGCGAACUCUGGCAUUGGCUAUGCAACUGCAGAGGGCCUAGCUGCACGUGGAGCAACAGUGUAUAUAGUGUGCCGGAGCAAGGAGUGGGGUGAGGCAGCACACUCAAAGAUCCAGUCUGCAACGGGCAAUAAGAAUGUCCAUUUGGAGAUUUGUGAUAUUUCUUCCAUUGACGAUGUGAAAACUUUGGCGUCGCGGUUUUGUGCGAUGGAUGAGCCUGUGCAUAUUCUAAGGUUAUCCAGCAACCUUAGAACAAGUGAUGAAGGUGCUGAUACGGUGAUAUGGCUGGCCCUACAGCCUAAAGAGAAGCUCGUGUUACUUCGACCGGGCUGAGGCACCUAAGCACCUGCCUUUCACAGCUACAAAGCGCUCACAUUCUGCUGUAGACUCCAUUGUAGGUAGGUAAACUCCAUAGUAUGGCCAACUUCUACUGAAACUAUACGUAUAGAGAAAGAUCUGUUUGUCCAAUUCAUCAAAACUACUAAACACUUUAUAUUGAUUGAACAUUUGAGUCAUUAUACA